UUCUGUACUAAGCUUACCUACUACUUUGCCCCACCUCCCCUAUCUAUUACCAUAGAUUUUCAAUCACUGCUGGUAUAUAAGACAUCUCCAGUGGAAGAAAACAUCAGUAACCAUCCAUCCAUACAUCCAAGAUGGCCGCUGUUCUUCGAAGAAUAUUAUUUUCUUUAUUACUUGUAAUAGCAUACAGCUUUAUGGUGCAUGCUGAUGAUAAUAAGGAUGAAGGGCAAGACAGAGGAGCACAUGGCGCGCGCGCCGGUGUUUGGUUCGGGCCUCGUCUUGGUAAGAGAUCGCAAAGGAAUGGUGACUCAAGAGUUUCUCUCCUGCGUUUGAUUGAGGCAGCUGACCUUUUGAGGUACUACUAUGAUCAACUGCCUUAUGAAUUACAAAAUGACGAUAACACAAUAUUCACACCAAAAUUAGGCCGUUCUACAAAGGACAACGUCGAAUUUACCCCUCGUCUCGGUAGACGGCAGAAUGAACAAGAGAUGCCAUCAACAAACAGCGAUUAUGAUAUUAUGUACAGACAGGAGCCUAUGAUGACGGAUCCACGAAGCAAUCAUUUCUCCCCACGACUCGGGAGAAAUUACAAUUUUUCCCCACGUUUAGGUCGGGAAUUAUCAUAUGAUCUAUAUCCAAGCGUCAGGGUGGCAAGGAGCACGAACGACACAAAGUCAAAUUAAAUUAAAUUAAAUAAAUAAAUAAUUGUUAACAACUACCCUCUUUUGUAAGGUUUUGGACAAAUAUGUUUAAGUAUUAAUAAAAUUAUAUUGAAGUAUUAAA